UUUUCAUGAGGAAGGAAUCUCCAAUGAAAAGCCAGUGCGCAGGUUCAAUCCAAGGCAGUGAUCAUUGAAAGCAAGAAAAUCAGAAAAUGGAAAGGGAACUUUGCUUUCUUCUUCACCCAUUUGUUUUUAUUUUAUUUCUUUAUUUAAUUAAUCAAUCAAUCAAUUCAAUCACUCUUUCUCUCUCCCUAUUAUUAAUUUAAUAUAUUGAUGUGUCCGUCUGUCUAUGUAUAUGAUGGGAAUACAUAUUUAUAUGUAUGUGUAUACAGGCACUUUGUUUGAAUAUUUCUUUAAUUUUUCUGGCAUCUCUGCUGUUGGAUUUAGGUUGGGUUUUUCGGAUAUGCCGAAUACUUGGAAAGAAUGGUUGAAGAUCGUCUAUGUCGUUUUUGCCUUUUGUUCUGCUCUCUGUUUUGGUGCUCUCAAAAGUUUACUGGUGGGUCCAAUUGCUGGUCUGAUACUAAUAAUAGGGAAUGUUGGGGUGAUUUUGGGACUCUUCCCCUCACAUGUUGCCUGGACUGUGUACACCCUAGUCAAGACUGAUAGGUUCGACACACCUCUUAAAGUAGCUUUCUUGUUUGCUUUGCCUGCUUUAUUUGGUAUUUGGUUGGGUCUCAGCAUAGCUGGUAGUGUUCUUGUGGGAGUUGGGUAUGGGUUCUUUGCUCCCUGGGUAUCUGCCUUUGAGGCCUUCAGACAUGAAGAUGAGUCCAAAAAGUUCUUCCACUGCAUUGUGGAUGGAACUUGGGGAACUAUCAAAGGAAGCUGUACUGUGGUUCGAGAUUUUGCAGAUUUUUGCUAUCAUUCAUACCCACUGUACUUGAAGGAAUUGCGCGAAUCCCCGAGUUCUAAUGAGCUCCAACCUCUUAGGUUCAUUCAUGUGCCCGGAUGCAUUAUUGUUGGGCUGAUGGGAUUAAUUGUGGAGAUUCCUCUUUACACGGCUAUUGCUAUAGUAAAGAGUCCAUACAUGUUGUUCAAGGGGUGGCACAGACUGAUACAUGAUCUAAUCAGUCGCGAAGGCCCAUUUCUGGAAACAGCUUGUAUCCCAAUUGCCGGUUUGACAAUCCUUAUGUGGCCACUUGUUGUCAUUGGGAGCAUCAUAUUUGCUGUUUUCUCAAGCUUCUUUAUAGGACUGUAUGGUUCAGUUAUAGUAUACCAGGAGAGGUCUUUCAAAAGAGGAGUUUCUUAUGUGAUUGCUAUGGUGGCAGAAUUUGACGAGUACACUAACGAUUGGCUUUAUCUUCGAGAGGGGUCUAUCCUCCCAAAGCCCCAAUACAGAAAGAAGAAACUCCCUCACUCAUCGGAAUUCUCUGUAGGAGGAAGUCGGUCGCCUGAAGGCAAAAUGGCCUCUGUUUUGACAGAAGCACCUGCAAUGCUUGUGCCAAGCUUAACAUCUUCGAGAUCAGUCAGAGAGGCAAUUCAAGAAGUGAAAAUGGUGCAGGUAUGGGCAAACAUGAUGAGAUCAUGUGAAACGACGGGCAAGGAAUUAUUGGAUGCGAAUGUAAUAACACCAGCUGACCUCUAUGAUUGGCUGAAGGCUAAAAACAGCCAUGAAGCAGCUAUUGUCGGUGUUGGGCUGCCUUGUUAUUCAUUCUUGCAGACUCUUCUUUGUUCCAUAAAAGUUGGAUCGGAUGGUUUAUUGCUUCUUGAUUUUGAAAUCAACUAUCAUAAUAGACCACAGGACAGAUUGUUGGACUGGUUCUUCCAACCGGUAAUGGUUCUGAAGGAACAGAUAAAAGCCAUAGAAUUGGGAGAGGAUGAGGCAAGGUUCCUAGAGAAAGUUGUUCUCUUUGGAAGCAAUACUCAACGCAUGAAGGCUUGGGAAAAUGGCAGUUUGGUACCUCAGGAUGCUCUUAGAACUGCUCAAAUCCAGGGCAUUAGCAGAAGGAUGAUGGGAAUGAUUCGAAGUGUAUCAAAGUUUCCAACUUACAGGAGGAGAUUUAGGCAGAUUGUGAAGGCCUUAAUCAUUUAUUCCAUAGAAAAGGAGGGUGCCAACAGAUCAUUUUCUAUGAGAUCAGUUGCCUCUGUCGAAGUUGUGUAAGACUAACUUCAACUUAUUAUUUUUUGUUAUGUAUUCAUGUAAAUUCUUGUAGUUUGUGAGAACCAUUAGGGUGUGACGACGGUAAUUGCUGCUAGUAUAUAGUUUUUUUUUUUUUUUUUCUUUCUAGGUUUAAAGCGGUGUCUGGAAAUUAAGUAAGCAUUGGGUUACCGAUGCGAACAUGGUCCCUUUUAUUUUCAUCAGUAGAAAGUCAGAAAAUCAUAUACAAUCAGUUUUACUAAAUACUAGAUUAAAUAAAUUAUGGAAAAUUUAAAAAAAGAAAAUAAAAGAUAGAAAGUUUUCACCCA